AUGAAGAAGAAGUCAGGGGAACUUACUUAUUACAAAAAAUACCCGAGUAUAACAAUUAAAAAUAAAAAAACUUAUACACCAGUAUUCAGUGUGAGAAACAUAGUAAUCACAGAUGAUGUCAGAAACACAAUAAUCCUGCAAUGCGAUGAGAAGAUUAUAGCCCACGGCGAUAUUUAUCGGAUAAUACCGACUCAAUUACCGAAUAGUAGUAAUUACGAUUAUCUCUUGGCUAAUCAACCCAAUGUACCGUUUCCGGCUGGUACCUAUGUCUGCUUUCCCAACUAUUUAAACAUCAAGAUCACCAGGACCAAGCAAGCUGAAGUAGUCGUCUUAAAACAGGGACCAAUAUGUGAUUUGAGUGUUUCCCAACAAACCAAAAAAGGAUCGACACCACAACCACCAAAUGGGCAAAAACAGCGACAGCAGCAGCAGCAGCAACGACAACAACACAUUAGACCACAACUUUACUUCGACGUCAUUCCAGUAACGGAAAUGAACCAGAAAAUAAUCUUAAACAAAAAAACUGAUAUCCAUUUACUCUGCACUCUGUGCUACCAGGGAAAUCUAAAACCGAAAAUGACCUUGACCUACGACGGGUCAGAGCUAGCAGGAAACAUAACACACAAUUCCAAAGACGAAUUACUGAAACUUGUAACUUUUCAAACCGAGUUCUACAUCAAGAACGUGUUCAGUGUCGACGAGAUGGUCCAUAUUCUGGUGAACACCACAUUCGAGGGAUCGAAUGAGCGAGACGACAAAAGUGACAUCGACCGACAUCCACCCGAAUACUCACAUUACUGGUCGGUGUAUUUAGUCGGGAAUGGAAGUGAACCGACUCUCGGCUCAGUAACAGACAGAUCAACGACUGAAGAAAGAUCUCACUCCACAGAUGGCGGCAACCUCGUCUUCUUCCUGCCCAUCAUCAUUCUCGUCCUCGUACUCAUCUUCAUAGUUGUCUGCUUCGCCAUUUUCUACUUCCGCAUUAACAAGAAGAUAAAAGUCAUCCAGGGAUCAACGAGCAUCAGCGGUGGAUCCAUCCCAUCCUCCCUGCGCACCAACACCCUUUCCAGGGUCGACCGCAACCUCUCCGUCUACGAUGAGAUCAACCUGGACGAGAUGAUCGAAUGUUUUGAAGAGAUGUCUGGUGGAGGUGUGGGUGUGGUGAUGGCAGACGGUGGUGUGAGGAGUAGUGGAUCGGUUGGUGGCGCUUAUGAAUGUCCUAGGAGAAGUUUUGGCCGUAGGGAUGAAUCUGGCAACCCAUGGUACAACCAGGCGAACAAGCACCACAGCUCCAACUUGUACGCUGGGAUCAACAACAACGGCGGCCAGCAACCACAAGAAGCCUACUCCAGCCUCAAGAAGCAUAUCAACCAAGAUGGACAUCUCUACCAAAAAGUUAACGCCGGAAGUAAAAACAACAGAGAGAAAAAACACAAAAAGAAAAACGCCGAAAAAGACAAAACUACAAACAACAAGACCGGCAAGAGCCACAACCGCUACAGCAACCCUAAACAGGAGAACAUUUCUUCAGUUCAAAACUUGGAAAAUGAAACAAACAACAACAACAACAACAAAAACGUCAGUAACAAUUUCAACAUCGUCAACAGUGCUAUCCUCAAAAAAGCUAACAAAAAAAAUAAAAAUAAAAAACAAACACUUCUUGAAUCAGCCGGUAUAGGAAAUGUGUAUUGA